CUGUGCAUCUGUUUCUUCCCCUCCCCCCCCCCCCCCCCCGGUUUUUGCCGCUCCUCCCUCCUCUCCCGCACCCACCCCCCUUUAUUCCCUACACCCCCCCCCUUGCUCCCCCCUUUCUCUCCCUUGCUUGUCCGUCAUCUAUUUUCGUUCUCUCUGAUUCUCUUUCUCUGCCGUUUUUCGGAAUGGAAUGCCUCUCUUUCGCAGGUAUGAUGAAAAAUAUGAAGGGGUCGUGGUGUCAAUCUCUAAUCCAAAAAUUGUGGGAAAUCACUCUCAGAUCCUCACAGGGUUACACCCGUACCUCCGUCUCAAGGUGUCAGCCGUCAUCGAAAUUUUCUGCCCUGCUGAGGGUCAGGUUCUAGAGGGGAAAGUAAAUAAUAUCGGGCAUGACCAUAUCGGGGUUCUGGUCCUGGACCAUUUCAAGGCGUCUAUAGGGUUUGGCUGCAUCAGGCAAGAUCUGCGCUAUGAUGAAGACACAAACUCCUGGAUUAGCAUCGAUGACGAGGAGCAUUGCAUUGCGGUGGGCGAUGAAAUUUGCUUCACGAUUGGGAGUGUGCAGAUAGAUGGGGACUUUGUGGACAUUACUGGCUCCCUGCUCGAGGCGCGCACAGGUUCAAAGGCAUGGUUAGCGAGCCUUCCAAAAGACGGUCAAGACAAUGGCAGCUUGCUGCCAAUACCAGAUCUGUCUCGCAGUGAGGAAAAGAGGAGGAGAAAAGAGGAAAAGCGGAAACGGAAGGAAGAGAAGAGGAAGGAGAAAGAAGAAAAGCGGCGAAGGAUGGAGGCGAAGCAGAACGAAGCUCUCCCUCCUCCUCCAUUAGGUAGGGAGUUCGGAUCCCGUCCUACGCUUGAUGAUUUUGCUGCCAGAGCCAAUGGGAAAGAAGCACGGUUGGCGGGAUUGCCACGAGGAGGAGGCAACUCGGAGGCGCUCGAGGACGAACAGACGGAUGCUCCGAUCUCACAUGAAAACCAUAAGCAGAAGGGAGCAGUUGGUGGUCUGAGGGCAGAUGGGUUACCCAGAACAGCUGAGAAGGUUGCAGAUCAUCCACUGGAUCAGGAGCAACCGGGAAGCACAAAGGUGAAAUCGACGGUCGAGAAUGGUGCAGAGGCUGAUUGCCGCAUUCCCGAAGACGGUGGCAAGCCGAAGAAGAAGAAGAAGAAAGCACAUGAACACCUGCAAGGAAUGGUGAGAUUUGGCGCGCCUCCGAAGUGGAUCGCAGGCUCUGGAGAUGGUGAGGAAGGCGGGGAGGAGAGGGAUGAGAAAAUUAAGAAGAGGAAGAGGAAGGGGGAAGAAUUUGAUGACGCCGCAACGAAAAGUGAAAGAAAGAAUAAAAGGAAGCAUGUUGAGAUGUAACAAUGCUUGUGGGUGAUAAGUUGAUAAGCUAUUGUUA